AUGACGCCAAGAAGGAACGAUGCACGUUUUGUUUCUGACGAUUCUCGAAUUCCAAACACCUAUAUUCAAAGUCUUGAACAAUCUGUAUACCUUCUUCAAGACAGUACGUCAAAGCUUCAGACGUCUAUACACAAAUUAGAAAGUGGUUCUCGUGAUUUUUCAAAGAUCAAGAAAUUGCUUGCUUGUCAAAGAGUAUGUGAAUUAGUGACUGAACCAGAGAUACGUGAUGCUCAAAGUUCAUUAGCGGCUCAGCUUGAAUCUCGCAUCAAUGCUCUUUUAUCAAAAGCAGAAGAAAUAUUACAAGGAUUAGUAGAGAAGGAUAAUAUGCUCCAAGAGGAGCAACAAAAGGAUAUAAAAAGAGAACUGAUAGAGUUAAAGAAAAAGGUGAAAAAAUUAGAGAUAGAAUGCGAGCAGCAGUCUCAAGUUUUAAAUGAAAUUAUUGAAGCUCAAGGUGAAUUUCAAGAUGCAUUAGAAGAAGAGGAGGAACAACUCGGACACGCUUUAAGUCAAAUUGAAAUAUCCUGCGUGCAAGAAGAUACUUUGGAAGAAGGAAUUUACGAUUAUUCGAUAGAGGAAAGGAAUGAAGUACAACCCGAACUCGCUUCAAACCAAAUUGACUGCGCGCAAGAAAUAUUACUCGAUGCCGAAAAUAAAGAAAUAUACAUCAAUGAAUUGAGCUUGGAAUUUCCACCAGAACAAGACCACCUACAUCGACUUCAAACCGCCAUAACUUUACUUAAUGCAUUUGAGAUUACGGAAAUAGUCUGUGAGGAAGAAUUAAAGGAAGGACAAAAUGAAGAUAAAAUGAUUUUAAGAUUAAAGGUUGAUAGUUGA